UAUGGACUUAGUUUACUGAUUUGCUUCAGCCAUGGCUGGCCCGAUGCCGAAACAGGACAGCACGCACCAGGACCCUGAGAAGCCGAAGAAGGCUUCUAAGCGCCACCUUGCGCUUGGUGUGGGGACGUUGCUGGCACUAAUUGCUGCUUAUGUUUAUAAACAGGGUGGCAAAGAGGAACUGCUGAAUGUCAUCCGGGAAACGCUUCUUUCGCUGCAAUCCCUGCGCAACUAUGGUGCUUUGGGUUGGGUGAUUUUUGUGGUUGUGUUUAUUGCCCAACUCACAGUUUGUCUGCCUGGCACUAUGGUUGUGGACGUGGCACUUGGAAAUAUCUAUGGUGCAGUCUUGGGGACGGCAGCCAGCGUGCUGGCAAAGACAAUAAGUGCACUGGUGUCACUCUUCUUGGGCCGCUUGUUUGGACAGGCCUUAGGCUUGGAGUUUCCUGCCGCCUUGCAGCGGCACAUGGCCGCUGUGCAGAAGCGACCAUUGAAAGCACUUUUUCUGGCAAGGCUGGCUCCAAUCUCCACGGGCGUGAAGAACUACGCUCUAUCCUUGCUCCCACCGGAGGAUGUGCCGCUACUGCCGUACACGUUGGCAGUCCUGGCGGCAAACCUCAUUGUCACCACUGGCGUUUGCAUUCUUGGAGCUGGGGCAGAUAACCUUGUGGAUGCCCUGGACCAAGUGAUGAGCUCUUCGCACUGAGCUCCUCUGCAGCCUGCUGCCGGUUUUGUUAAGACCAUUGUUACUAGUAGCUUCUAGCUACUUAGUAAUGCCCUUGUUACUAGUAGCAAUGCCUUUGUUUGUAGUAGUAGUUACAUGUUGCAUCAUGUUGUACCGCUUGCAUCCGUUUGCAGAAUUCUGGUGUUUUUGAUUUGAAGCAGCCAAGACUUCCGCUCGUCCCGAGGACCAGAAAAGCUCAGAAGCGAAAGCAAAAAGUCAGCGAUGCUUGAGCGCAUCACUGCCGCAUCACCCUCGUUUUAACGCCCCAAGUAAGAUGUAUAUGCAGUCAUGAAGCAUGGCGGCAUAGAUUUGUGACAACAAACGUUAACGCCAAAUUCACCAAGUCUAGUUUAUAUUUGCGCAUAACAUAACAUCCUGUUGUUUCUCAAGAUAUGCAAAGAAAAACCCUUGCAAGGCGUUGCGCGCCUCCUUCAGCUGAGCUCCAAGCGUUUAUGCUUACGCUUAGAAGGUGUUGGGCU